AUGUCUGCUAGUUUAGUUUUAUCACAAUUCGAGGCGCUUGCAGCCCGGACGGAGUCGAUGUUGUUGAAGCUUACAGGUAGGAAGAUUCGACCAACAAGGGACCAGCGGAAUGAGUUUCGGAAACUACGCGGGAGAAUGGAUUCAUCCUGGGCAGCUCUGAAUGCAGCGAUUGCAAAGCUAAAUCACUGUGGGAACGAAGACAUCGCCAUCGCAAAUCAAAUUCGAGAUACAAAAAACUAUCAAUCAAUAACCUCACCUAUCUUGAUGAAUCUCAGGAGGAACCUUGAGCUUAUCUACAUCGGUCCCAAGGACUCUGAUUUGGAUUCUGAGCAAGUCAAAACAAGAAAGAGACACACUCGUACAAGAUGUGGGGUGCUUCGGUCCCAGCAUCCUCACGUUAUUCUUAUGUGGGCAAUGGCCCUUCCGCCGUCGAGUUGGAAGACGUCUGGAGGCAUGCCAGACGGCACGUUCGAUUUCGUAAUUGACGAUACGUACACCGAGCGGAUACCUUUACUAUCUCCUGAUAUACUCCAAACGCUGCAAUCUCUAGAAAAAGAGGAGCCUUUGAAUUCGUGUGAUAUGUUUCGAGAAUUAGUUUCAAGCUUGUCGGAAUCUGCGCUCGCCAACCAGAGAGAAACCCUCAACCCUUUCGGAAAAAGAGGGCACGGGGUCGAAAGCUCAGCAUCUCCAGUAGCAUCAAACAGGGAGCAGCAAUUUCAAGGGGUCGACUACAGGCCAUGUAAUUCCAGAAUAAAUCAACUUCCAAGCCUGCGAGAUAUGGGGUUUGUUGCACCAGUUUAUUCGACAUAUCAAACAUGCGAUCGUAACGGGAACGGCUCGCACACCGAACGUGGUAGACCGUUUAGCGACGGGAACCAACCACAAGUUCGCGACCACACACAUCAAACCUCAAUGACCGACAAUCGAGAGGGGUACAUAUACACGAACGCACCAGCGAGUAGUAUCGCUGCACUACCCGAGCCCUUUAAAACAGCAGUCCAGAAUAGCAAACUUUGGAUACAGGAAAGGCGCCAAGGUCUAGAGAAGACAGGGUGUUUAGCUACGCUGUUCCCAAAAGAUGACACUCAGGAUAUCUCCUUCACGAUCUCGUGUGCUAGUGAGGAUGGAUACCAUCUCAACAGCAUCUAUGGAAUGGAAGUUACAAUGUCAUUCUAG